GGGGAGGAGGGGAGGAGGGGAGGACUCACACAACUGCGGCUCAUGAUCACCUUCCGUGUGUCGCCUGGUUCUGUGGAGGUAUAGUAGUCAUGACAGCCUCAAACACUGGCCAGCAACCCCCCUCACCACCACCACCUCCUCCUCCUCCUCCUCCUCCUCCCUCGACCAGCUGGAGACGGUCGAUUGCGGCGCAUUGCUGUGCUUUCCCUGUUUUCUCCGGCGUUGUUUUUGGACCGGGGUGUCCCGCAGUGACCAUCGACUGGCUGCUGGACUGCAGCAAGUAGUCCACCUACCCCCCCGGUUGUGCUCGGUGUACCCAGAGAGCUCGGGCAUGCCAUCUGUCUCGAACAGUGUUGUCUGGGCCGAAAUUCGCUUGACCACUUGAGGGAAUCAAAGUUGGUGCAAUGGAGACUUCGGGCAGCGAUGCAGCGGUCACAUACUCGGGCAGAGCGGAGGAGAGAGACGGGUUUUAUGAUGUGGAGCACCUGCCUCCACUGCUGGAAGAUGAGGAGAAUGUGUCUCUGGCAGACAUCCUCUCUCUGCGGGACAGCUGUCUGUCUGAGGAGGAGGUGUGUGCUGUGUGUGCAGAGUGUGUUCUGGCGCUGCAGAGCAUCAGACCCUCCCACCUCUUCCACACCCUGUGUAUAACGCCAGACACUCUGGCCUUCAACGCCCAUGGGAAUGUUUGCUUCAUGGAGCAGCUCAGUGAUGAUCCAGAAGGCUCCUUUGUGCCUCCAGAGUUUGACAACACAGGCAGCACAUUUGAGGGCCAUGUUUACUCGUUGGGCUCUACGCUUUCUGCCGCACUGAACUUUGUCAUCGAGCCAGAGCUGGAGGCAGAGCUGGGAGAAGAAAUCCAGAGGCUGCUGGAGCAGAUGCAGGAGGAGAAGCCUGAGGACAGGCCGCUCCUGCAGGUGUGCGGGGGCUGGGAUUCCUCCCUCUGGGCAGAGGAUUUGGAAAGCAGUGAAAGAGAUGGCAUGAUCUUGGCAGAUGACUUGGAUUGCAGGUCCCACAACAGCUCCCCAGUGAGGAGGAGGGCCCAGCAGAGGCUGAACAGGGUGAGGGGGGCUCUUAACCGCUCCUGCUCUGUCCCAGACUCCAACAACCCCCCUUGCCUUUCCCCUCCAACUCACGGCGAUAUCAGCAUACCUGUGUCCGACCUCACUGAGAUAGGAGCGGAUGAACACUUGAGCUGCAAGUCUGUGUGGAGUAACAGACUUCAGAGACUCAACCGGGGCAAGUCCUGUGAGUCCUACCCACACAGUAGCACUGAGGACUGUGUGAACUCAGUUGUGGUUAGCCAAAUGUCGCAAGUAAAUGAAGAUGCUUCAGAGACAUUAUGCAGUGGAGAAACACAGACUCAAGGAGUGCAUGAAUGUGAGUCUAAUAACUGCACCCAGGAUUCAGCAUCUUCCUGUACCUCCUGUCAGGAGCUUGAAAUGGAACAGGACUCUUCUUGGGACCAGAGUUCGUUAAACCACAGCCUCUACAUUCCUAAUAACCACAUGACCAAAAGCAUGCUGUGCCUCAACGAAGAAUCUCAGGAUGAGUGGAUCUCGCUCAGAGAGUUGCUUGCUCGGUGUGGACGGAGGCUGACAGUUAAUGAGCUGUGGGCUCUGUGUUACACCUGCCUGUCCUCACUGCAGACCUACAUUGACUUUCCAGCCUAUUUAUGCCUGGACACAGUGCACGUGGGCUGUGAGGGAGAAGUACUUUUCUUGAAACCUAAAAACAUAGGAUCCAGAGAUGAAUUUUAUCUUGCUCCUGAAUAUCAAGAACAUGGAAUUGUGACCGAGAAGGUUUGUGUGUAUGGGGUUGCUGCUAUUCUCUGGGCUACAGCCAAGUUCAGUUUAUCACCUAAUCAAAAACUGGCAAUGCCUCGCAAACUGAAGAGACUGCUCCUGGAGAUGGCAAAGAGGACACCCAUUGAGAGGCCUACCAUCGUCAUGGCUAAAAAAAGCUGUCGUGACUACUUAUCACGUCAAGGGACAAAUGCUGAGACUGUCUGGAACAACCUCGUCAGCAGAGUUCACCCGCCAGUGUCCAGUGAUGCAGAUGAUUUGAGUGCAACUGAAACUCAUCAAAGCUCAUGUGAAGAAUCUGCACAAAUCAGCGGCUUUGUGCCCAUGGCCACUGAGAGCCGACUGGCUCCUGUGCCUGGCCCUGUUCCCCACAGCUAUCCAGUCAACCAGGAACUCCAACUCCCAGAGGCCUUCACUUCCACUGCCACACACUUCACCCCCAUCAUCCUGACCAAUCAAGAGGACUCAGAGGAGGAGAGCCAACACCUUGGAGCAGCCAUUGAAGGGACUAUGGAUGGAUCCACAAAAAGCAGUGAACACAUCGAGCACUCUGAGUCCCUAUAUACUGCACAGACUGAACCCAAUCUACAUACACAGGAGUUGCCUGUUAAUGAGGCUGUGGUAACUACAACUUCCAGCGACAAGAUGAUGGUCAACUCUGCUUCUACUCUCCCUGAUAUUUCCUGUCUUGAAGUGUCUCUUCCUCCGCCAUUAUCCACUAACCUCAAUGGUUGUGGUGUUUUCAACAAUUACCUCUUCCGUCAGGAUCCCACAACAGGACAUCUUUCCUUAGUGCCUGUGCAGGUUAGGGCUCCAGAGUCUCUCCUCGGGUUGGAUAUAAAUCUCUCCCUGGUGCCACAGCCUUUGCAGGGACUAAUCGCAGUUCCAGAGAACACUGAUGCUUCAUUUAUUAACUGUCUGAAUGUGCCUGUGAAGCCUGAACCCCAGGAUUAUGGCCCAUCAUCACAUUUCAAAGGCAGCUCCAUCUUUUCUGACAGCCCCCUGGAGCACAGUGUUCCCAGAGCUUACAAUAGACAAACAGAUCCAGGAACACAAGGUGAGAACCAGUCUUCUUCCGAGUCCAUCUCUCCUAAAGUCCACCCUGCCCUACAGGAGGUGAUUGACCUGCUCAAGGGAGAGUUUUCACCUGAUGGGUAUUUGGACAAUGGACACAAGGACAUCGCCAUGGGGGAGUACAUCUUCUCUUUGAAGGACCUCCAGUACCACAAGUUUGCCAGUGUUGUAAAGGAGAGGUUCAGAGACCUGUACUGGGAAGACGACUUGCUGGGUGUAUUGCACUGCCUGGUUAACUACAGCCCAUCCACACUUGGCUCUAAUGAGCAGCCUCCAUCAAAGGCUGUGAAAAGGGCAGCUCUUACCCAACCCUUGAUAGCCGCUGUCUGGGGAGGGAAGAGGGAAGUUUGCCUGCAUGGUUGUCUCGACCUGAAUGGAAACAUUCACACGUCCAGUCCUGAUGCUGUGGAUUCUUGGGAAGGAACCGAGGCCCAAUCCUGUCACAGAGAAAAUGAGGCUACGCUUGAAGAUUUUGAAUUAAGAACGGAGGAGAGUCAACACUGUAUCCAUCAAGGCAUGAGCACGUACGGUUUGGACAUAGGGGUCAUGGAGGGAGGAGAUCAUUCAGCAGGGGGCAGCGAUGAAAGCCCCUCUGAAGCUGAGUUUCUGUCUGGGAUAGAGGAGGGCCUGACGGGAUCCUGCUACGAGCAGAUGAGCCCGGACUGCUCGGAAGACAUGGAGGACAGUGAUUCUCUGGCAUCAGAGCGACUCCUCUCGCCUGGAUUCAGAGCAGAGGGACGGGGCCUCAGCUUCAGCCCAGCCUGGGCCUUAGCCUUCUUUGGAGAGGAUUGUUUUAGUCCAGAGGUGAUCCAGUAUGCAGUGAAUCUGGGGCAGCACACAGGCUCACCGUGUCUGGAUGUGAAAACACAGGAACUGCAGCAGCAGCUGAUAAUUGAAACAAGGAAUCUGAAGAAAACGAGAAAUUUCUACCAGAAGCUGAUUCAACAAGAGCGAAAAAACAAAGGUUCUGAGAGCAAACUGAUGCUGUCCAAACUCAAGUCCCAGUUUGAAGAACUCCGGUCCAAAGUGGUCUUCUUGGAUUGUGUGAAGAAAUACCUUGAGAUUCUAAGUGUGGACCAGUGGGGUUUGGAGGUUUCAUUACUGCCUCCUUUGGCUGUCUGUGGACCCGACUCUUUGGACCUCCAGUCCUCUGAGGACCCGUCUGUUCUGAGCUUUGGUACCAGCAAAGGGAAGAGCACUCUGCAAGCUGGAUCUCCUCUGGGUCUCAUGGCUUACCUCUACGCCAGAAAUGCUGCUUUGGAGGGCUACAUCCAGCAGUUCCUGUAUACCUACCGUUUCUUCUGCACUCCUGAGCAGUUACUGCACUUCUUAAUGGAUAGAUUCAUCAGUGCUGCAAGACAAGGGCCAGACAUGUCAGGAGACAGCGAAAAGAUCUUCCAUCGCAGUUUGGACGUGCUCCAGUUCUGGAUAACAGACUGUAGACAGGUGGACUUCACACCUAAGUCCAUCCUUGUGGAUACAGUAGAAAACUUCCUUAAUACUGAGGUGAUUCCUGUUGAAAGCCGAGGGGAGGCCCUUCUUGCUGCUCUCCACAGCCCCCCAUGUACGAGUUGGAGCCAAGGAAGAUGGAGCCUGAUCAGCUUUGAGGAAGAAGAUGAUUCUACGUGUGUGCAUUCAUCUACUGAGGAUCUUGGGAGAAAGUGGAGAUUCUCAAGAGUAGUGGAGCCUUCUGCAUCCCUGCCUAAAGAGAAGGCCUUCUCCAUUGCUGCGGCCCUGCCUGUGCCUUGCUACGGCUCCAUGGUGGAUGACCUCUCCAACGUCUGCCUGCACAGUGAAGAGCGACUCCCUUUCAGCCAGAAUGAAUACAGCGCACAGCACAUAGCCCAGCAGCUCACCCUCCUGCAGCAGGAAAUGUUUCAAGGAUGUCAUCCAGUUCAUUUGCUCAAAUCCAGAAUACAAGGAGUCAGGGACAAAGUCUUGACCCCAAACAAGAAUGUGUCUCAGCACACCCCGCCAGCAGAGGGCAGCAGCUUGCUUGUAUGUGAGGGGACGCAGUCAGACAGCUACCUCCAGCAGCUGCUCACUUAUGCUGACAGUGUCACUAACUGGAUCUCUGCUGAAAUAGUCAUCUGUGACUCCGUCAAGACACAAGUUGCUUUGCUGACCAAGUAUCUGUGGAUAGGAAAACACUGCUACGAAUCAAGGAACUUUGCCACAGCCAUGCAGGUCCUUGGAGGUCUGGAGAAUGUGAUUGUCAGGCAAUUACCGGCUUGGAAACAUCUGUCUUCCAAGGUGUGUGAAAUCCUGGAGGAGCUACGGGCCGUGCAGGUGUUUCUGAAGAGUGACGACCUGUGUCUGAUGGGGGGAGAACACACGAGGAGGAGGCCCACCCUGCCCUCAGUGCACCUGGCCAUGCACGUCCAGCAGCUGGAGAUCGGAGCCUUCACACUUACUACUGGAGCUUACAAGUGGCCCAAGCUCAGGAGCAUAGCAAAGGUUGUGAGUCAGAUCCAUGCCUUCCAGGAGGCUGUGUACCCCCACAGCCCGGACCGGGAGCUGCAGGCCUACCUUCGGCGCCGUAUCGCCCGACUUGCCACCUCUGACAUCCACCUCUUGGCCGCCGACAACGAUGCUAACUUCCAGCAGUCCAGCGAGCGACAAACACGGAGGAUCCAAGACACGCUGAGGAGGGUUAAGGCCACUUUCCAGUGAGCCCUGACCCAGUCACAUCUCACAACCCAGAGUGAGACGACACAACCAGGUCAACACCCCAUGUCCAAGCCCAGACUGAGAGUCCAUGCUCAAGCCACAACCCACAGAUGCCUGUGCUGUCCUGGCAACCGAGCAGUGUGGACUGGAAAACGUUUUGUGCUGUUAUAUGUUCACUAUUUGUCAUAGGCCCCUUACAUUAAGUCAAUAAUAUCAGUUUAGACUACCGGACAAACUUUAUUUGUAACUCACACCUUUAAUAUUACACAGGUUCUGCUGUCGAUCACACGUAGUUUCUGUUUGAUUUUAAUAAUAGCAUUUUUCUUCCACACAGAGAAGUAUGUUUGUAAUUUGCAAUGAUUCUUCCUGCGCUCAUAUGCUGACAUGUCUUUAAUCAUCAUUUGUGAAUUUACCCUGUAAUUUAGCUGUUAAGGCCUAUAUAUGAUCAUACAUGGACUGAAGGCUGGAUACCAACAUACCAAAGUGGGCAACUGUGUUGCACGAUAGCAACUAACUUGCUGAGGGCCUUUAGGUGGAAUGCUACUUUUUUAGAAUGCUGCAUGGCUGUAGAAGUGUCGGUCAACGUCGAUAUUUUGUUCAAAUAUUCAUGGUCAGCAGAAGACGUAUUGACUUUGAUGACCUCUUGACUUUCCCUUUAUGUUUCUCACAUUCAUGGUUUUGUGGUUUUGGAUGGAUUGCCAUGAAAUGUGAUAAUAAGGUUAUCACGUUCCACACAGGAUACAUUUUAACAACUUUGUUACUUUGGUUUCUGACCUAAUAUCUGCACAACGAAUAAUGUGUUUACUGCUAAUUCACAAAUGUUAGUAUGCUAACAUGUAGGGAUGUAACAAUACACUCAACUUCGAUACAAUUCACAAUACUGGUUUCACGAUGUGACUUUCUCAGAAUUUUUUUAACAAAAUGAGAUUGAAUAAAAAUUCUGACUGAAAACAAUUCCUUUAUUUCUCAGACAAAAACCUGCAAAAUAUAUUUUCUUGAUCAAAUUAUAGAAUCCUUUCUUGUGUUUGAGAGGUAGGGGUAGAACUGUGCAAAACAAUUUCCUUUUCUUUGUAAAAAGUGAAACUAAUGUUUUUGCGCCUUGAUACAGCUACUGACACGAGUGACGUAGGACUUCAAACAAGCAAACUCAAAAUUAGAUAGUGAAAGCGAGGACACAUUUGGUCCAUGAACUCUGCCUGGAUGGUGCCUGUUCCACUGAUAUUUUAAGCUGACUCUGGAGUUCUCUCUGGAUUCUGUUUCAUCUUCUUCACCGCAGGUCACUGCAUGCGUUUUUGUUGUUUUUCCAGCAUGCCCUGUGGCCCCCACCACCACGGCCUCAAUGCAUCCAAAAUUAAAGUGAGAAGAAGUGUUUUUGCUGCAGCACCUGAUUUGGUCUAAAUCUGCCUUUUAAUAUAGCCUCACAUAUAGUUAGUGUGGUUGGAGUCUCUUAGAGCCGGUAAUGCUAGAAAAAGAAUCCUUAUGAUGUGUGUGAGUGCCUUGUUACCUAAUCUUGAGGCCCUGUCUGGAAGAAUGGUCUUGGGUCAAGAUCUACUUUAGACCUUUAUUAUUUCAGCUGAUACUGUGCUUAGAAGGUGCAUAUCCAUAGAUUAGAUUCAAUUCAAUCAUAUCACCACAUAGCAAACCUGAUGACAUGUUUCAUUCCAGCACAGAAACUGCAGAGAAAGGGGAUAGAAUGGGGGGUAAAUUGGGACCUAGCAGCUGAUUUAGGCCCCGAACAGGUUAAUCCAGCCAUGUCAGACAUUUAAAUAACAUGUAUUUGAUGUUGCUGAAUCGUGUCGGACUUGUAGGAAACAAGAUAACUGUUUAUUGAUCAUAUAUUUUGCUUAAUGUACAACACGUAGUCUCUAUUUGUUUCACCAAAUGAGAUUCAUAUGACUAGAUUGGUAAAUUAAUAUCUAAUAUUAAUGCAAUUUAAACAGCACAAUGUGAAAUAAUUGCAUUUAUUCUCAGUAGUGUGUUGUAAAGGCCCAAAGCUAGACAAGCUUACUGUCAUGACAAUACCUUGCCAUUACACAAAAAAUGAUAGAACAUAAUGAGAUGUCAGUGUGCAAAAUGUUAUUUGAGGAAUGAUGUUCAGUCAGUGUCUAUUUUUCUAUUUUGCUGCCCGCUCUCUCUCUUCCAUGGUCUUCGGCCGUGAAACACACCGUGGAGAUGGAAUGUGACAUGCUCCGAAGAUUCACUUAAUUUAGCCAAAUAAAUGAGAUUUUAUAAGCCCGUCUUGCCAAAGUGUAUUAUUGUCAGACAAUACCCGUGGUAGACUGGCUGUAUGGCAGGUUACAGCCCUGUUACAUCUGUCAGCAGAUGUGGAAUGUGGUGGGAGGAGCUGAAGCUGCUCUUCCUCUCCUAUGGGGAUUUAAAGUGUAUGGUAAUGACUUCAUCAGUGAAAUUAGUGUGCUUUCUGGCAUUUCCUCUUAAUUAUCACUGGAGGAUUUGCUGUGUUGUAAUGGCUGCAUCAUAUUUUAAGUCAGUAGGCCUAU